AUGUCAACGUCUAAAGGAAGAAAGAAAUCAGAUUUAAAAAAAAUCGAUGAUUCAUUUGUAGAAGAUAUUAAUAAGGAUUCUCUAAAGAAGUCAAGGAGUGGAUUACAAGAAGAUAAAGCCUUAUUAAAAUUACGAGCAUGUUUAUCAUGUCGUAUGUUAAAAUCUGAAAGUGAAUUUUAUCAAAAUGGAUGUAUUAAUUGUAAAUUUUUACAACUAGCAGGAGACAGGCACAGAAUUCAUGACUGUACUACCGAAAAUUUUAAUGGCUUUAUGGCUAUUACAACUCCUAAUAAAUCUUGGAUGGCUCAAUAUAACGACUUGAGUAAGUAUGCCCCUGGUUUUUACGCUUUACAAGUUAUAGGAGAAUUACCAGAAUCUAUAAGAGACUUAAAGCCAAAUUAUUGA